GAUUUACUUUAUUUCGUAGCGGAACCAAUACCUAGGCGUAGGGUUGUUCACCCGAAGUGUUUUGCAAGAAGGACUGUAGCUUCGGUUCUGCGUCGUUCAUACUAAACUACAUGAUUCACAGUUUCAAAGAUUCAACAUGAUGAGGUAUUGGGGAGAGAUCCCGGGACCGGCUGCCGCCCCUCCUAGCCGCAGCUCCUUUGACCUGCUACAGCGCGAGUUUCGCUCCGUGGAGGUGCAGGACCCACCACUCCACCAGCCGUCCGCCCAGCGUCCCCGACCCACCACAAUGCUGGACAUCCCUUCCGAGCCCUGCAGCCUCACCAUUCACACAGUACAGCUGUGCCAGCAUGUCCGCCGCCUCCGUAGCCUGCUGACAGCUGCCCAGACACAGGGCUCAUCAACCUCUGAGGGCGGCAACAGACUCGAGGAGGCCGAUACAAACCUUCCCCUUCGACCCCCGACACCACCAGCCAUGCCAGACGACCUCUUGCCCCUGGACAGCAAAGCCCCUCGGCAGCCCUUCCAACUCCGUCACAGCGAUCCUGAAAGUGAUUUCUAUAUAGGCAAAGGCGAGCCGGUGACGGAGCUCGGCUGGCCGUCCUGCCGGCAGCUGCUCUACCAGUCGGUGGCCACGGUGCUGGCCCACGCCGGCUUCCAGUCGGCCCAGGAGAGCGUCCUGGAGACCCUCACCGACCUGGUGCACGAGCGCUACCUGCGGCUCGGCCGGCUGCUGCGCGUGGCGGUGGACCGGGAGGCGCGCGUGGGCGCCAGCCCCUUCCCGGACGUGGUGGAGCAGGUGUUCCACGAGGUGGGCAUCGGCAGCGUGCUGAGCCUGCAGCGCUUCUGGCAGGUGCGCAUCAAGGACUACCACAGCAACAUGCUGCAGGUGAGCAAGGACCUGGCCGAGGAGUAUGAGCGGCUGGUGAACCCGGAGAAGGCCCUGGAGGACUCCAAGCCCCCGCGGAUAAAGGAGGAGCCCCUGAGCGACAUCUCCUUCCCCGUCAGCGAGGAGCCCGAGGCCGACCCGGCGUCCGGGGACCAGGCCCUGCCCAUCGGUGUGCUCGGGGCCCACGGCGAGAGGCUCCCCGCGGGCCUGGACGGAGACCCCUCCCCACACGCCUCAGGCGGCGGCCGAGGCGGCAGUCCCUCUCUCUGGCCACACGUGAAGAUGGAGCCCCAAGAAGGGGAGGAGGGCCAGGGAGCCAACCACCACCACCACCAGCCCCAUCCCCACCCCCACCACCAGCCCCACCACCUGGGGGGGGACGUGUUUGAGGAGGGCGGGCCCAUGUCCACCAUGAGCGAGUCGGGCGGCGCCAUGGCGCCCUCCCCCACGGGCGGGGGGGCGGCGGCCUCGGACGGCAGCUACGCCUCGCACUCGCCCGACUCCCUGUUGGAGGCCUCGCCCGUCUUCAACCAGAGGCCCCGCAAGCGGGCCAAGAAGAUGUGAGGAUAAUCUCUGACACACACACACACACACACACACACACACACACACACACACACACACACACACACACACACACACACACACACACACACACACACACACACACACACACACACACACACUUCGUCAACGGUGCUUGUCAAAGGCACUUGAGCUCCCGGCAAAGUCUGCCACGUCGGUCGAUCUGCCAUCUGACAAAUGGUGUGUCAGGCCGGUAAGGAGCGUUUUGCCGCACCACCGCCCCAGAAGAGUCGGGUGGACGCCGCAGCGGUUGGUGUGGGGACGCUCCACCCUAUUAACACCGCACCUGGACGUGUGUAAGCCCUGCCAGGUGGUGAGGGGAACCCCAGGCCGUUACAGUGCAGAUCCACGAGGAGGUGGGACACACUAAAUCAUAAAAAGAGGGGGGGGGUGGGGCUUAUUAAGUAUGUUGUGCUUCUUUUUUUUUUUAUCUUGUGUUUGUAAAUGCAAUGUAUGAUCGAUCUAUGUUCAGCGUUUUGUAGUGGAAUAUAGGGUUUGUGAUUUAUAACUGAAAGUGUACUUUUUUCAAGUUUGAAAUCUAUAGAUGAAAUAUCCGAUGACUAGCCUAUGAAUCACCAUGGGUUGUUUAUUUCAUGAGCAUCUCACACCUAGUUUCUACACCAAACUUGUUUGUUUCAUGCAGCAUGCAGUAUAUCUUUAACGGCGUUAGCUUCUGCUGCUGAGUGCCUAGCUAUAAACACUCGGAUGGCGGCAUCUGUUGUUGCAAAUAAGGAAAAGCUGUGAAUGCAGCUCCACAGUCUGUAAUGGCUUGGUUAUCUGCAUCAUAAAGACGUCAUUAAUCCUGCGGUAAUGGCUCAUUAAUUACAGCAUUAAUACAUUUGGCAUGCAAAAUUAGCAAGCGCUUUUUAAAAGACUUCUCUUACUUAUCAAUUUGAGCGAUAGACGGGUGCGUCCCUUUGACCCUGAGGACAAACAGAUUUGGUUGUUAUGAGUGCUUAUCUGUUUUCCUUCCACAUUUGUAUUGAAUUCAUUUGAAAUGAUGUUUAUUUGCACUGUCCCUAUGGUGCUGCGGCUGAAAUCCAUUAAAACAUUUUCCACUUAUUAGUUUCCAGAGAAGAUCAAAAUGCAGCCUUCAGUCUGUGGUCGCCUGUCCUUUUUAUGUAAAUCUCCCUUGGCGAAAUCAAAUUAGACUCCAUAUUGUGUACAAAGUUGUGUUCGCAAAUGGGGCGAAGAAGGGGUGGGGUGGGGACACAUUGUGUUCCCACCUGUGUGCUGUGUUUAUAAGAAAGCCACAGUGUUUCGUUUAAGGCUUGUUCCUCGUAUUAAGGUAAAGGGGUGGGUGCCAGCAAUUAAUCAUCACGCUCACUAUGUGGGGCGGAGGGGGGGUUACUACCUACCGCUGGAAUCUAAUCUGUCCAGCAGUGUUUCGGUAAUGUGGUAAGCGUAAGAAUUGUGUCAAAUUGAACUAAUGAGGAACGAGGGGAGGCGAUGAUUCAGGGAGAGCUGUCGGUAGGGGGACAAAUUAGAGCAGAAACAGCAGCGUCAUGGAAAUGGGAGUAAUGUGUGUGUCUUUAUUUCUCUGAUGAUUUGGCGAUUUGAGCUUCCGUGGAAGCAUAAUUAAACCACAAUUAGGUUGAUGGCUUCCUCGAGGUGCUGCAUCUCUCAAGGAACUUUAUUUGUUGUGAUUAUGUAAAUCGCAAACAAAAAGGUUUUGGGCUAAAUAGAAAAGCAUACAAGGAGGAGGUAAUACCAGCGGCAAUUAAAUGGCUGUACGCAUGGGAUACCACAAGUAAUAAAGAAAUCAUGUUCUA